AUGGUUGACAACCAACAUAACUACUACAAGGCAGCACCUGAUAAAGGAAUACACAAUGGCCCAGUCUGGGCUUACUCAGGGAGCCUGGACAGUUAUCUCAGGAAUCUCCGUCAGGGUACUGUCCUUCGCGGCGGCUACAAAGGCGACAGCGCCAUCAAGUCAACGAGUUUCACUUCCAAAAGCAAGCGGCAGUCGUCAGACUUUUGGCUCGCAAGUUUAGGCCCUUUGGGCACUCAACCACAUGCUGGCGGAGAUAAUUACCAGUUCUUCCGUAAUGUCGUCGAUGACUUUGGCGCCGACAAUACGGGAGAAACUGAUGCCAGUGAGGCCCUCAACGCGGCCUCUGCCAGCUGGAACAAAGACUCAGCCGGUGACUCUCGUACGCGGUGCGGCGAGGAGUGCGGCAAUACUUUCUCGCAAGGCGCAAUCGUCUACUUCCCUCCCGGUACCUACAAGAUCUGCUCGCCUGUGGUUCAGUAUUAUUACACGCAGUUCAUAGGCAACCCAAACGACAUGCCCGUCAUUAAAGGGUGCGAUGACUUCAAAGGCAUCGCUCUCUUUGACGUGAACCCCUACAUUCCUGGUUCUUCAGGAAAGCAGUGGUAUAUCAAUCAGAAUCAGUUCUUUCGGCAAAUCCGAAACUUUCGCUUUGACCUCACUGAGAUGCCCGAGUUGACGGGUGAGAAUGACCAGAACCUGGCACCCACGGGAAUCCAUUGGCAGGUCUCUCAAGCCACAUCACUGCAAAACCUGGUGUUUGAUAUGCCUAAGACAAGCAGCACAACGGCUGUGGGUAUCUUCACCGAGAAUGGCAGCGGCGGGUUUGUCUCUGACAUCGAAUUCAACGGGGGCAACAUCGGCUGGCGCGCGGGCUCUCAGCAAUAUACUGCGCGCAACCUUGUUUUCAACCAGUGCAAGACAGCUGUUCAGAUGAUCUGGGACUGGGGCUGGAACUGGCAGCAAAUCACAGUUAACGGUGGUGGCGUCGGCUUCAAUAUCUCAGGAGUGGGUGGUGAUGCCGGCCAAGGAAUAGGCAGUGUUUCCAUCAUCGAUUCCAAGAUCAAUGAUGUAAUCAUUGGUAUCCUGACGAAUGACCUUCCCAGUUCACCAAACAUCGUCCUCGACAACACUGUUUUCGAGAAUGUGGUCAGCCCAGUCCUCGCAGAAGGCAACGGUGGCACCCUUCUCCGUGGAAACACAGACCUGUGGGCUACGGGAAAGCGGUACAAUGGCUCAGAAGGCUCUAUCCAGACCGGCCCCGUUGAAGCACCUGGCAGGGGUGAAGGACUUAACGGCGACGAUGGUAAGCUCUUUGUACGAUCACGGCCACAGUACGGAAGCCGUGGUACUGAUGCCUUCUUGGUCGCGACUACGGAUGGGAAGUGCAAGAACGACGCGACCGGUGACCAGGCCUUCUGCAUCAACAGCUUCCUACAACGUGCUCUGGAGGAAGACAAGAUCGCAUACUUUCCGGCCGGAGUAUAUGCGGUUGGAUCUACAGUAUUGAUUCCUACCGGGUCCAUCGUGCAAGGCUCCUUGUGGUCUCAGAUCCUUGGGUCUGGGUACUACUUCAGCGACAUGAAAAAUCCAAAGGUCAUGGUUCAAGUCGGCAACAAAGGCGACAUUGGCACGCUGGAGAUCAAUGACAUGUUAUUUUCGGUACGUGGCGCUACUGCGGGUGCCAUUAUGAUGGAGUGGAACGUUGCAGCGGUCUCUCAAGGAGCAGCCGCGAUGUGGGAUUCGCAUUUCCGUGUCGGCGGCGCCUUGGGCACUGACCUUGACCUCACUACAUGUCCAAAGUUCACCAACAAAGCCGAGUGUAUUGCCGCCUCUAUAAUGUUCCGGAUUACCCCCCAGGCUAAUGGCUACUUUGAGAAUGUGUGGGCGUGGGUCAGCGAUCAUGACAACGAUAAGACGAUUGUCGACGUCCCCGAUUCAAGCUCCACACAAAUUUCCAUUUUUGGUGCCCGGGGCAUGCUCAUUGAAUCCCAGGGCCCAACCUGGUUCUAUGGCGGUGGCUCCGAGCACUCGGUUCUCUACAACUACCUCAUCAGCGGCGCCAAGAGCGUGUACCUGGGCCAUAUCCAGACCGAGUCGCCUUAUUAUCAGCCCAGACCCAGACCUCCGGAGCCUUUCCGCGCUGCCGCCUCCUUUCCCAACGACCCAGAUUUCAGUGACUGCGAGGUCACAGGCGAUGGGCGGGAUGAUCGUUGCAACUACGCCUGGGGCUUGCAGAUCAUUGAUUCAAAGGAUGUCAUGAUUCACUCUGCCGGCCUUUACAGUUUCUUCAACGAGUAUCUUCAGGACUGCAUACCUACACACAACUGCCAGGACCGCAUCCUCGAAGUGAAGGGCUCGACCGGCGUGGUCAUCUUCAAUUUGUUUACGGUUGCCACCGUCAACAUCGCCACUGGCAUCGACGACACCAGCAUCCCGCAGGAUAGCAAUCAGCGUGGCUUCACUACCGAGAUCAGCGUGUGGGUACCUCUUCCGGGGUCAGACAAUGUCGAUAUUGUGUUUGUCGAUACCAAUGUGUGGAACACACCAACUCUCAGUUGCCCGGCCAAGUCCUGUAUGAUGAUUCUCCCGACAAGCUCCCUGGAAUCACCGACCACCAUCCAUCCCAGCAGCUACACGACCUCGCUGGAGUAUGGAGAAAUCUCCAGCACCACUAUCGGGGGCGUUCCGACGACGGUCUUUGUGACCACAACUACUACCGUAACUCUUUCGAUCCCCCCGAUUGUCACUGAUGGGAUCCCCUUUUCCAACGUCAACGUCUCAACGACAGGAGCGAUGCCCAUCACCCUUUAUCCAAGCGUGAACGUCCCACCUGUUAUUGUCACGUUGCCAGAUGGGCAGGGUAGCGAGACCACUCGAACCGUCACCGUUCCACCUUGGCCUCAGAUUGAUGGUGGUCCCUUAGUUAUGUACACCGAUCCGGCGACACUCAAUAGCAGUACGGGCCAACUGGCCAAGAAUACCACGUAUUUCACCCCCAUCAGCACCCUCUUUACGGUGCGGGGAGCCACAGUGACAACAGUAACGUUUCCAGCUUCGACAGAGGUCUUUACUAUCGACUGUCCCGCGACAACAUCGUUGGUCUUCGCCACGCCAGCAAUUGCAGUUGCCACUACGUGUACCGAAAGUGCCGAACUGACGCUUAACUUCGCGUGCCCAACUACGCGGGUGUUCACAUUCCUCGGGCCUGACCUGGCGGAUGCUACCGUUGACUGCUCUCUAGUGACAGCCUGGAAGACUGGGUCUACCUCGACCGAGGAGCCGCUACCUGUCUUCACUACCUGGCCUCAAGGUGGAAGGAUCGUGCCAGAAGAGGAGGAAAUCGACGAACCUGAGCCGGACGAGGACGGCGACGGCGUACACGUUCCCUGCAAGGCCUGGUUCUUCUUCUUCUGCAUCUCCUUUGGAGAGGUCCGGAUCGGUUCCUGGCACUGGACCUUGCCUCCGGGAAUCUACGGGCCCGGUCCCCCGCCGAUUGGCAUCAUCCACCCUCCUCCGGGAAUCGACAUCCGCGGUAACCUCCCCAACUGGCCGCGGAUUACCAUCGGAUGGGACUACCGCCUCACCACCGAGUCGGAACCCGAGUGCACCAAGCAGACGGCUGAGGCUUGCACCACAUCCAACUUUGUCACGGACGGCACGACAAGGUCUUCGACUACACGGUGCGAGACCAUCACCGGUUGCUCCAUCAGCGUCUCGGACUCCACCACCGAUGUGUUCGGAACCCAAACAGCUGCCCCUAUCGGCAUAUUCAACGACGAGUCAUGGGCCACCAUGACGAUGGGUGAUGAAUACACCAACGCGGUGUUAGCAGCUCUAGAAUCACGCCUCGCCCGCGAGGAGGCCAGUGCCGGAGCCACCACCAUCCAAUUCACCUCAGGCGCCACCCCCGGACCAACCUGCCAAGGCGGGAGCACCGCCUGCGGCGGCACCGUCUGUUCCGGGUACUGGUGCAACCCGUCCCCAACCGCACCACCGCCAGGCUUCCGCGACCCAAAAGACCCCAGUUCAGAAGGCUACGUCGCACCGACAACAACAAUCAGCGACACCACAAGCACAUCCUCCUCUCCCACAAGCAACCCUAACUUCACCCCUCUCACCCGCGGCCCGAUCGGCUGCUUCGACGAGGCCGACUUCCCCGGCCACGGCGACAUCCAAAGCGGGGAACAAAACGACGGCUCCCUCGCUUUCAGCGACAUCCGGCUCGACAUGGGCGACGACGACACGAUCGGACCGGGGGAUAACCCGAUACGCCUGCGUUGGACGGACGGGAAUGAUGUCAACUACGAUUACCAGGCUGAGUGGGUGGCCGGUUGCGAAACGGAGGUGGCGAGGCAGAGCUUUGGGUUCCCGUUGGGAAGCCCGAGUUCGAUUACGGCUUAUCUUUUGGUCAGGGAGGAUUAUACAAUGUUUUUGUAG